AUGGACAUUGACCUGCCACUGCCCAUCAUGCAGGGAUGGAAAUUCGAGAAUGGAGGGGGUUGCGACUUGCGAGUGAGGAACACCAGAAACCCGGACCGCGUCGCUAUGAAACUGCUGAGGCAGAGGUGGUGCCAUCUGUGCCUCAAGGACGAUGGCCUAGAGGAAGUCCUGACAGUCGUGGGCAAGCCCAAGAAGAAAGUCAACUGGCUCAAGUUCUUGGGCCUCGCAGCUGGGACCAUGAGCGAGAGCAUGGAGCACACUUUCCGCAUCCUCUGCCUGGUCAUGUCCCAAGUGCCCGGCAAGGACUCCAUCCCAGUGGACGUCUUCAACGCCGUCUACGAAUUCAUGGCCCAGCUGGACGAGGUGGACCCCGGGCACGUGUCCAGUGUCGUGUCCGAAAUGGCCACCAAGGCCAAUCGCCAGAACGGGAAGCUCUACUUUACCAACUUUGACCUGACUAGUGGGGCUGGCUGUGCCCUGACCCCGGACAGCGUGGCCUGAUGAUCAAUAUACAAGUGAUGGAUCGAAAGGCGCAGGAAUUCCGAUCAACACGUGUUACCUCUAUGUGUGUAUCGUAAAAAACGAUACGCGAUGCAUGAUUUAAUUUAACGUCUGGAAUCGAAAAUGUGUUAGUCUUAUAGCGCGCAGUAUUUAUUAUUUUUUUUUUUACAAUGCGGAGAAUCAUUGUGCAGAAAAAGGAUUGCAUUUUUUUCUGCAAAAUCAAUUCAAUUUGCUGAAGUGAAGCAACCGAAGUAUUUAUUCCUUUGCUGAUUCCUCUACGAUAAGUUACUUUGUUCCUAAGAUUUUAAUGUCAGGAAUAGAUCAACAUUUUUUCUCAAUCAAUUAGGAUGGAAUCAAAAAAGAAAGCAAUUAGCACACUUGUUUUUACAGUACUUUGCGUUGAGAAUUUAAGAAUUGCCUUUGAUAUUUAUAUGAACUUCCGUAAAAAUUCAGCUGCUGACGAGGCAACUGCAAGUUACAAAUCUUCACCUAUUUCAAUUUCUAUCAAAUUACUGUUUAAUCUAAUGAGCAACUGCAGGAUUCUGAAUGAUUCGAAACUGCUAUUACAGUACAGUAUUAAAAUCCAGAAGAAUGGACCAUUUUUAUUCGAAUGAUUUUUUGUGUGUGUGUGAAUUAUCAGAACUACUUAAGUUCGUAUAAGCAUUGUUUUCCGAAAGUCGACACGAAGCUGACACACGAUCUGGCUGAGUCAUCGCGAACUUUUUUGAAAACUAUUUUCUUGGUCUCUUGGCACCUCUUGUCAUAACCGCUAAGGGCAUACGAGUUUCAUCGGUUUAUUCUCGCUGCAGUUUUAUUUUUACACUCGGUUACGAUGCGAACAAUAAAGAAAGGAAUCUGAUUGUAUGAAAGAAAAAAAAA